AUGAGCAAGAUCCGAAAGUUGUUCCGAGGGAGUGGGCGCGUCCUAGCCUUUAUAUUUGUAACUUCUGUCAUCUGGCUGCUCUUUGACAUGGCAGCUCUCCGUCUCUCAUUCAGUGAGAUCAACACUCGCAUCCUCAAGGAGGACGUCGUCAGGAGGGACCGCACAGGGUUCCGAGUUGAGCUAGACCAAAUAGAGACACUUUCCAGCAGCAAAAGAGAGAUGAAAUUCCCAAUGAGGGGCUACAGGAAGGGUAUGUGGGGCAAUAAGAACUUUCGAAAGACUGAGAAGAGGGUGAUGGAGGUGGAGCAUGAUUUGGCACAGUCCCAGAGGGAGAGACAAGGGCUGAAAACUCCAGGAAGGGGCAAAGUUUCACCCGUGUGGCUUCCUCCAGAACUGCAGAAGCUCCCUGUAAGCUUCACCAGCCGGAAACCAGAGGGGCGAGUGAGCACCUCUCACCAAGGGAACUCAAAGGAAACCAACGCUCAGGGGGCUCAGAAACCCCCGCUUGUGGCAGCACCAGGGACACUAUUGGCAGAAUUCACCGCGCACACAGGAUCUGUGGGCACAAAGCAAAAGGCCCCUAAGAGUCCCAGACCCAGAAGUUAUGCAUCAAAGCAAGCAGCUGAAAGGAACCUGGAUGUGAUUAGGAGUUCUAAUGCUGGCAGAUCGAAGCAGCAAACACCGGCAAGAGUAAAGACACAGUACCUUGCCAGCCUGCCAAUGUCAAAACCCAGGGACACCAAAGCCUUAAAUAAAACUGAGACUCGGAACAAAGAACUGAAUGCAAAUAAGCAAAAUUUCAAUAAGAGCCUCCCCUUUUCCAAGCCCGUGGCCAAUUUAAAUCACUUAGAGAAGCGAUCUUUUAAUGCAACACAGUUGCUGGGGAAUGAUGGGGCCAAAGUGACAGGAGGGAAGGAACUCAAUUUCUCUGAAAGUCGUGUUGUGAUUAUAACCAAAGAGAAGGAGCUAAAGAUAGGUCCCAAAGAAGUACCCAGUCUGAAACCUCCAUUUCCUAUAGUUCUGGGUAAAAUCCAAGACAAAUACAUUUCUGGAAAUAGAAGUGAGGCCUCUGUUCCUUCACUGGCUCUACAGAAAACAGUGUUGCAAACAAAUCAAGCCCUAGCUGGUAGGCAGAAGCCAGAAAGAAUCAACUUAACUGUCCAGACUCAGCCUAUGGAAUACAACCAAAGUCUUAUCAAAACCCAUUUACCAGAAGACCAUGGAAUGCACCAUGUGUUAAAAAUUGAUGUGACACUUUCUCCAAGGGACCACAGAGCUCCAGGCCAAUUUGGACGUCCAGUGUUUGUUCCUCUUGGAAAGAAGAAGGAAGCAGAAAGGAGAUGGAAGGAAGGCAAUUUCAAUGUCUACCUCAGUGAUUUGAUCCCAGUAGACAGAGCCAUUGGAGACACAAGACCUGCUGGGUGUGCAGAACAGCUAGUUCACAACACCCUCCCAAAAACUAGUGUCAUCAUGUGCUUCGUGGAUGAGGUGUGGUCCACCCUCCUGAGAUCUGUUCAUAGUGUUCUCAAUCGCUCUCCUCCACACCUCAUUAAAGAGAUUCUUCUGGUGGAUGACUUCAGCACCAAAGAAUACCUAAAGGAUAAGUUGGAUAAAUAUAUGUCUCAAUUCCCAAAAGUUCGGAUCCUUCGCCUCAAAGAAAGACAUGGCUUAAUAAGAGCCAGACUGGCAGGGGCAAAGGAAGCAACAGGUGAUGUACUAACAUUCUUAGAUUCUCAUGUGGAAUGCAAUGUUGGUUGGUUAGAACCUCUUCUGGAGAGAGUUUAUUUAAGUAGAAAGAAAGUAGCCUGUCCAGUGAUUGAAGUUAUCAAUGACAAGGAUAUGAGUUACAUGACAGUGAAUAACUUUCAGAGAGGGAUCUUUGUGUGGCCUAUGAACUUUGCUUGGAGAACAAUUCCUCCAGAUGUUGUUGCAAAAGACAAUAUCAAAGAAACAGACAUAAUAAGGUGUCCCAUCAUGGCAGGUGGAUUAUUUUCUAUUGAUAAAAAUUACUUCUUUGAACUUGGAACAUAUGACCCUGGGCUUGAUGUUUGGGGUGGAGAAAAUAUGGAGCUCUCAUUCAAGGUAUGGAUGUGUGGUGGUGAGGUUGAGAUUGUUCCCUGCUCCCGAGUGGGCCACAUAUUCAGAGAUGGUAAUCCAUAUUCCUUCCCCCAAGACCCGGUGAAGACAGUGGAGAGGAACUUGGUGCGGGUCGCUGAGGUUUGGCUUGAUGAGUACAAAGAGUUAUUCUACGGCCACAGGGAUCACCUCUUAGAUCAUGUGCCAGAUGCCGGGAACCUCACGCAACAACGGGAACUUCGGCAGAAACUCAAAUGCAAGAGCUUCAAGUGGUACUUGGAGAAUGUUUUUCCUGACUUAAAGGCACCCCUUGUGAAAGCUAGUGGUGUGCUUAUUAAUGUCGCCUUGGGAAAAUGCAUUGCUAUUGAAAACUCUACAGCCAUUCUGGAAGACUGUGAUGGGAGCAAACAGCUUCAACAAUUUAAUUAUACUUGGUUAAAACUUAUUAAGCAUGGAGAAUGGUGCUUAGCUCCCAUUCCUGAUAAGGGUGCCCUGGGGCUGCACCCUUGUGAUAACAGAAACAAAGGACUAAAAUGGCUACAUAAAUCAACAUCAGUCUCUCUUCCAGGACUGGUGAACCACAUUGUUUUUGAACACUAUCACCAGUUGCUAUGCUUGGAAGGAAAUCUUUUUCAAAAGAGCCUGAAAACUGUUGUUUGUGACCCAAUGAAACUUAAUCAAAAAUGGAAAUUUGAAAAAUAUUAUGAAGCCUGA